GAACACAGGCUCUCUGGCGCGCUGGAGGGACUUCACUUGACUCCGCUGCUUGAAUCAGUUUUGGACAUUUCCGUCUGGAUCUACAGGAUUUAUUUGUGGUUCCGCAGCAUCUCACACGUCUGGAUCUGCAUCUCAGGAUCCUGCACGUCUGGAUGCUCUAAAAGAUGAAGGUCCCAAAAGUCUCCGCGCGCAGCUCCUGCCUCACACUCAGCACGCGGACCUGAACUCGGACGGGCUCGGAGCGCAGAGCCACCGACCGACCGCCGGGAUGGAGCGCCUGCUGAACUGCCUGCUGCUGGGGUAUCUGACCUGGAACCUGCGGAUCUCUGACGCCCAGGGGGAGUACUGUCACGGCUGGCUGGACACCAGUGGGAAUUAUCACGAGGGCUUUCAGUGUCCCGAGGACUUUGACACGGCGGACGCCACCGUGUGCUGCGGCACCUGCGCGCUGCGCUACUGCUGCGCUGCCGCGGAGGCGCGGCUGGAUCAGGGCAGCUGCACCAACGACAGGGAGGUGGACGACACCGAGUUCGCAGCGCAACCCGUCUAUGUGCCCUUCCUGAUGGUGGGCAGCAUCUUCGUGGCCUUUGUGGUGGUGGGCUCGCUGGUGGCCGUUUACUGCUGCACCUGCCUGCGGCCCAAACAGCCCACCCCGCAGCCCAUCCGCUUCUCCCUGCGCAGCUGCCAGGGCGAGACCAUCCCCAUGAUCCUCACCGCCGCGCCGCAGAGCCUCCGAGCCCCCUCGCGGCAGUCCAGCACGGCCACCACCAGCUCCAGCUCAGCAGGGGGGAGCAGCUCCAUGAGGAGGUUUUCCCUUGGGGGCCAGGGCCCGCAGCAGCACGGCUGCCUGGUGACGGCCGCCGUCUCCUCCCCAGCCUCCACUCCCACUCCAAACCCACAAACUCUGCCUCCUCCCCCCUACACAUCCCCGCCUGCGCCCCUGAGCGCAGGCGUCCAGCACCCACUGUCCCCCCCUCACAGCAGUCAGAGCGCCGGCUUCCUCCUGCCUCAGCAGUACUUCUUCCCCCUGCAGCCGGACGCUUUCACCGCCUCCAAGGGCUUUGCAGACUUUGGACAGAGCUGACAUUGCUUCAACAAAGUGAGGCGUGGACUUCAGAGAGCUGGAAUCAGACUCGGCCCCGCUGAGCCCGCGCUGGGGUCGAAGUGACGGCACAGCAAAGCGGAGAGCUCAACGAAGCUUCAUGGGUCAAGAUUUUUAUGCACUUUCAUUUUGGAAAUGUUUUUUUCUUUUCUUUUUUUUAAUUAAAGAUUGAAGUUCUGAAGUUUUUUAACACCAGUGCAGAUGUUUCGUGUUUUCUAAAUAAGACAAGGGAAACCAGGAAGUUGUGUUUUCUUGACAAUCAGACUGAAGCUGCGUUCACACCAGGCACGUGUGGCGCGUUCAAGAAGAUACUGAACGUAGGUUAUUGUAUGCGCUUUCAGUCUAUAGUGUUCACACUGGACUGUCUCCAUCCGAUACCAGCACGUGUGCCGACAGUUGGUACAGGUUUGGUGUAAAAUGUCAAAGCGGUUCAAAUCUGGUUAAUGUAGCUCUAGGCUUUUCUUUUACAGCUCUAUUCCGAUAUACAAAAGACUUGGUGUCAUAGAAUUCCGGCCGGGCACAAACCGUAAUUAUUAAUUUCUCCUCUUUGAUCCAUUUUCAAACAGUUGGCUUUUCGGUGACUCAAAAAGGACGCCAUCCUCACGUCGCUACUAAAUCUGAGGCCCUGAUUGGGUCAACUGGUUUAACUUUCAACGGCCGCGUGUUUUGUAUGCAGAGCCCACAGGCUUAAAACUAGUGACGUGUAAAUGGGCGAGUUUUGAACACGGAAGCCCCAAAUCUCUCUUUACAUAGACUGUUUUUUUGGGAAGUGGUCGUUUGAACGCGCUUUACCGAGCCCAGUGUGAACGUACUAUGAAAGUGGACUCCUUCUCUGUGAAGACUUCUGUGAAAUGUACAGCAAACAUGUCCUGACUUACAGCAAAUAAAAGCUGUUUCUGGGGA